AUGAGCAUGGAUUUUGUGUUUGGCCUACCGAAAGAUUCGGAAGGCGACACUGGUAUUGUGGUCUUUGUUGACCGAUUGAGCAAGAUGGCUCACUUAGCGGCUGUGCCGGAUAGCAUUGAUGCUGAAGGUACAGAAAAGCUGUUUAUCGACCGUGUCUUUCGCCAACAUGGCUUGCCUGUGGCAAUUAUCUCUGAUAGAGACCCCCGCUUCACUGGGAAGUUUUGGAAGUCUAUCUUCAAGGUGCUUGGCACUCGGUUGGACAUGUCCACAGCGGAUCAUCCGCAGACCGACGGUCAAACCGAGCGUGUAAACCGCGUCAUUAACGACAUUUUGCGCAGUGUUUGCGCUGAUGCGCCUAGGCGUUAA